GAAGGCGGAAGUGCGUCAUCCUGUGUAGAGUAGUCAACUGCAAAUCCAAGAUGGAGGUGUACGUUAAGAGUCCAAACUUUCGUCGUUUUUCGUUGUUUCCAGAGGGUUCUUUGGUUGGAGAUGUUCUGGCGAACUUGGUCCAGCUCCAGGGAAUCCCCCCGGAGGAUUUCUAUAUCUUAAGAAAUGGCCGUCGGGCGGAUCUCAAUGAUCCUGUGCAGAAUGGAGCCACUUAUCACCUCCAGCCCCGUCUGUGUGGUGGGAAGGGGGGUUUUGGUUCCAUGCUGCGAGCCCUUGGUGCUCAGAUUGAGAAGACGACCAAUCGGGAAGCCUGCAGGGAUCUGAGUGGACGACGUCUUAGAGAUGUCAACCAUGAAAAAGAGAUGGCGGACUGGCUGAAGAAGCAGGCAGAGCGUGAGGCAGAGAAAGAGCAACGCCGAACUGAGCGUCUCCAGAGGAAACUGGCGGAACCCAAACACCGCUUCAGUGAUGUUCAGUACCAGGAGCAAUGCUAUGACCUUUCACAGCGAGUGGAGGAGUCUGUCAUCAAAGGUCUGCAGGCAUCCUCUAGUGGACAGGUGAAAGCAGACACUGUCUCAGCAACCAAGAGAACCAACUCAGAUGACAGUGAACAGACCACGAGGAAGAAGAUGGUGGCUGCCGAUUACUGGACGGGACUGGAAGGAUUCAGCUCUGAGGAUGAAGACGUAGAGUCUGAGGAGGAAUCUUCUCCAUCCACAUCCUCUUCAAGCUGUGGAGCUGCUGCCAAAGUGGAGCAGAGAGAAGAGGCUGAGCCUCAGCAGAGCUGCAGGUCAUCUCCUGCAGAAUCCAGUUCCUCUGAAGACCAGGGCCCUACAAACAUAAGCACUUCUGAGGUCCAGGACCAGUCGUCGACAAACAGUUCUGAAGAUCAGGACAAUGCAGCGGAGACUCCUGCAGAGCCGAAAACAUCUGAAGACCAGGAAUGUACAGCGAUGUGUAGAAUCUCUGAAGACCAGAAUGCUGACGAUACAAGAACCUCUGAGGUCCAGAGUCCUGCAGAGACCAAUCAGCCUCAAGAGCAGAUUGGUGCAACAGAGUCUAAAACCAUGAAGGACUCCGACCCUGUGGCACAGUCUGAGCAGCAGUCUGCGGUUGACCUCGACUCAGUAUCGUCCGUCCAGCAGCUCGAGGCUCUGGGUCUUGACAUCCUAAAGAAGGAGCUAAUGUCUCGAGGUCUAAAGUGCGGAGGAACCCUUUCAGAGCGCGCUGCCCGUCUCCACUCCAUCAGAGGACUGAGGCCAGACCAGAUUGACCCGUCGCUGUUUGCCAAGUCCGGCAAAAGCAAAAAGAAGUGACCAGAUCACCGAUGUCCUGGAGACCCACAUCUGCAUUGUUGGAACAUUUUUGUGAGACAUUUAGACACUGAUGGACCCCCCAUGUCUUUAAUGGGAUUGUUGAUGGAUGUGUGAGUGUUUAAAAGCCAGGAUUCCAGGAAGUAACUUGAGGAGAGGUCUCAUUUUUAUAGCAAACCAUGACAUCACCCGGUCGGAAGUCCACAUCCUCCUCCACUGAAAGGCCGCAUUCCAUUCCUACCUUCACCGUCGGAACUUCGUCCUUGUGGUGCUUCAAUGCUAUCAGGCUCCCUGCAGGGGGCAACACACAUAUAUGAAAGUUUAAAUCUCCUGUAACUGUCAUAUCAAUCACCUUUACAUAUUAUUCAGUGUGUUUAUCCCCUGGACCUGUAAUUUGAUUUUUUUUUUUUUUUGACUUGAAUUAAACUAAGUAACUUCACAUUAUUGUUGUCACUCACCCUCCCAGAUGGUGUCCAGUCCUCUGACAAGUUUAAAGUUAUGACCCCGGUCAAGCACACCCUUCUGGACCCGGCACCCUGCAACUGGAAGCUUUUUCUUGCCCACAGACACCAUAAAUGUAGCCAGCACCACGGCCUCUCCUGCACCAGAAGAGAGAGACACAUGAGACUGGACAUUGGAGCAAAUGUUUGGACUUUGUGGUCUCAGACUCACCAACCACAUCCUGCGACACCAGAGGAGGGAUCUUCCUGCUCAGCUCUUCCUUCAGCUCAUCCACAAGUUUGUAAAUUAUUGU